CCCCGCCAAUUGGCACCCCUCCCUCCCUCCCCUCCCCAUCUCUCGUUUCCACAGCUCCUGAAUUUGUAAUGCUGUGCUACACUUGUCGCCGCAUUAGUUGCUCUCACGAUGGACGAAUUAAGAAUGGCAUAAGCCGGCGGCGCCAUUGCUCCUGUCCCCUAUAGCUAGCUCGGUUUCUCGCCACACCGCCUCUGCUCUUUGCUCUCCUCCCGGUUGCGGGUUGCUCAGCGCCAUUGAACUCUGCUUGGUGUUCCGAGAUGAACGACCUCUUCUCGUCGAGCUCGUUCAAGAAGUAUGCCGACCUGAAGGACCAGGUGGCGCUGGACGAGAUGGAGGCCGGCGGCGGCGCCAACCUCGACAUGUUCUUCGAGGACGUGGAGGGCGUCAAGGAGGACAUCCGCAGCCUCGAGGCCAUGCACCGCCGGCUGCAGUCGGUGAACGAGGAGAGCAAGACCGCCCACGACGCCCGCGCCGUCAAGUCCCUCCGCGCCCGCAUGGACGGCGACGUCGAGCAGGUCCUCCGCCGCGCUAAGGUCGUCAAGGCCAAGCUCGAGGCCCUCGACCGCGCCAACGCCGCCAGCCGCAAGCUCCCCGGCUGCGGUGCCGGCUCCUCCACCGACCGCACCCGCUCCUCCGUCGUCUCCGGCCUCGGCAACAAGCUCAAGGACCUCAUGGACGACUUCCAGGGCCUUCGGACGCGGAUGGCGGCGGAGUACAAGGAGACGGUGGCGCGGCGGUACUACACGGUGACGGGGGAGACGGCGGAGGAGAGCACGAUCGAUGCGCUCAUCUCGUCGGGGGAGAGCGAGACGUUCCUGCAGAAGGCGAUCCAGCGGGACCAAGGGCGCGGGCAGGUGAUGGCCACGGUGUCGGAGAUCCAGGAGCGGCACGACGCCGUGAAGGACAUCGAGCGCAGCCUGCUGGAGCUGCACCAGGUGUUCCUGGACAUGGCGGCGCUGGUGGAGGCGCAGGGCCACCAGCUCAACAACAUCGAGACCCACGUCGCGCGCGCCAGCUCCUUCGUGAUCAGGGGCACCGUGGAGCUCGACUCCGCGCGCGUCUACCAGAAGAGCAGCCGCAAGUGGGCCUGCAUCGCCGUCGUCGCCGGCGCCGUGCUCGUCCUCGUCAUCGUGCUGCCGAUACUCGUCAACCUCAAGCUCUUGAGCGGCAGAUAGAUGCAGCAUGGCGCGCGGUGAAUUGGUUGAUCGAUGACGUGUCCGUUCGCCGCCAUCGAUCUCUUCUUCCGCGCUGCAUGUUCUUGAUGUAUGUGUUGUCUCGUUCCUUUGGAUUGAGAUGGAGAUUCUUUUAUCAUAGUUAGCCUUUCGAUUUGAUCUAAAAAAUGAAAAA